AUGGAUUUCCCCGAAGGCUCUGAAAACUCAUCUCUGUGUCUGUCUAACUCGUCGAAACAUAUACAAGUGAACAUGGAUGACCAGUAUGGAAAUGCCAUCUUGCCCAGUAUUUUUGGAAUGAUAUGUUUUUUGGGCAUCUCUGGAAAUUCUAUUGUCAUCUACACCAUCAAUAAAAAGACCAAAUGCAAGGCUAAACAAACAGUACCAGACAUUUUCAUAUUCAAUCUCUCUAUUGUGGAUUUGCUUUUUCUUCUCGGCAUGCCCUUUCUCAUCCAUCAGCUCCUGGGCAAUGGAUCUUGGUGUUUUGGAGCCACUAUGUGCAAAGUUAUAUCUGCUUUAGAUUCGAACAGCCAGACAGUAAGCACUUACAUCCUUACAGUGAUGACCUUGGACCGGUAUGUGGCUACUGUCCACCCUUUUCGCUUCAACCAUGUGAGGACAACCUGUGUGGCCAGUGCUGUUGUGGCAGUGGUGUGGGCACUCUCUCUAAUCUCCAUCACUCCUGUCCUAAUGUACACUGGUUUGAUGCCUCUUCACAGCGGUCAGGUGGGAUGUGCUCUCCUGCUACCAAAUCCAUCCACCAACAUCUGCUGGUUCACCAUCUAUCAGUUUGUGCUUGCGUUCGCCCUCCCACUCAUGAUUAUUUGUGUGGUUUUCUUUAAAAUCUUAAAGCAUAUGUCUACCACAGUGGCACCUCUUCCCCCAAGGAACCAACAGGUGCGCACCAAAAGUGUGACUCGGAUGGCUGUGGCCAUCUGUUUGGCUUUUUUCAUCUGUUGGGCUCCAUACUACAUCCUUCAGAUUGUCCAUUUGGGAAUACAGAAACCCAGUGCCUCAUUUUAUUAUGUCUAUCAUGUGGCCAUUAGCAUGGGCUAUGCUAACAGCUGCAUUAAUCCUUUUCUCUAUAUCAUUCUGAGUAAGACCUUUAAGAGACAGUUCAUAGUUGCUAUCCAGCCUGCGCACAAUCACUUCCGGGUCAACCCGAGCAGCACGGAGGCCACUGUGUCCCUUCGUCUUGCCACAGACUGCCAACGACAUGUUCCUGCUGACAACUCAGAGUAA